AAAAUGCCAAAAUCCUCAUGCAAAAACUGUGGAGUUGUUAUGCCUUUACAGUUCCUGGCUCUGCACAUCAAAUCUUGUAAUGCUGAAAUUAGCAGUGAUGAGCCUGAAAUUGUCAGUAUUGAAGAGAAAGAAGUCAAUACUACAGAAGUAUGCCCAAUAUGUGAAAACCAAUUUCCCAGAGAGGAUAUUGCAUACCAUGCCAGCUUUUGUGGAGAUGGAUUUCCAGCAGACACCUUGAUGCCAUUACUUGAAGAUGAUGCCAGAGAGGGGACUUCAAGCACAAUUGAUCUCUUGCCUCAUGGUUCCAGGACUACAGAACAAAGCACCAGUCCCACUGGUGUAGUCAAUGACAUGGCCGGACCAUCAACUAUGCUUGCUGAUCCCACUGUCCCAGAAUGGAAGCGAAUCAUGAAUGCUUCAAGUGCAGCAACACUGUUCAGAAGAGUUAUCUUGAGGGAGCAACAGCUGGAGAUACCUCUUCGCUUCUCGAUGGACCUACAUUCUGAUGUUGAAGAGAGAGAAAAGGCAGUAAUCGCAUUCUACAAGACUCAGAGAACUAAAUGGGCCUCCCCACUUCACUGUGUGCUGGAAGGUGAUGCUGCCAUCAGUGAUGGUGUAAGUCGGUACUUCAUCAGCUUUGCUAUGCAGACCUUGCAGUCUGGAUUCCACAUCAAUUUGGCAAUGCUGAUGUGA